AAGCGCCUGAGCGGUCGUGACAGUGUUUAUUCGGAAUUUAUUUAAUUAAUAUAAUUAACGGUAUACGGUGAUAAAAAUGAAGUUUUUGUGGCUACUACUGCUAGUAAAGGACAUAUUGUGUCUCUACACACAUACGAGUUCAUUAAAGGGUUUGACAGAUAAUAACUUAUUGGCUGUGCAACAUCUUCAAGAAUAUAUUCGGAUUGAUUCAAGCAAAACGGAGAAUUAUGAUUCAGUGGUUGAAUUUUGGCAACGAUUGGCAGAUGAGAUAAACCUACCGUUGACAGUUAUUCGCCCAGCAGGUUUUCCUGUCUGUGUACUUACAUUGAUUGGAGCCAAGCCCGACCUGCCUAGUAUCAUGCUGAACACACACUCUGACGUUGUUCCUGCCUACGAUAAUUUAUGGAAGUACCCACCGUUUGCGGCAGUUAUUGAUGACAACGGAGACUUGUAUGGGCGCGGGGCCCAAGACACAAAAUCCCUAGCAAUUCAACAUUUUGAGGCGAUCAAAGAGCUGAAAAACAAUAAUAUCACUUUACAGAGAACUAUUCAUCUUACGGUUUUGCCAGAUGAAGAAAAUGGAGGCUUUCGUGGUAUUAAGGCGUUCAUAAAAAGUGAUGAUUUUAAAAGACUUAACGUCGGUUUUGUGCUUGAUGAAGGUCUGACGGCACCUGACAACACUUAUCUUGCUACGUACUUGGACAGACGACCUUGGCAAAUAAAUAUGACAUUUUAUGGGCAAGGGGGACAUGGCUCGCAAAUUGCGGACAAAGGUGUUAUUGAGAAGCUUGAUUACAUAUUGAAUUAUACUUUGCAAUAUCAAAAGGAGCAAAAAGAAGUAAUGGCAAGAGGCAAUAAUGCAAGGUUGGGACGAUUCACUACUAUGAAUGUCAAUAUUGUUAAGACAGGAAUAGCAACAAACGUUCUACCGAGCCUUGUAAAUGUCGUCAUUGAUAUGAGACUGGCUACCGACGUUAACAUCUCUGAUAUCCAACAAAUGAUUGACACGUGGCAAAAUCUGACGGGUCCAGGAACAACUGUGGAGUACCUCCGUCGUGAUGAAGUGUCGCCUGCAACGAGUCUAGUCGACAACUGUUAUUGGAAUGCUAUGCUGGAGGCUGCUAAGGAGAUGAAUAUCACCAUAAAACCGGUGGUGUUGACUGCCACGUCAGACAUGGUGGUCGUUAGAAAACUUGGGAUCCCGGCGAUUGGUUUUAAUCCUAGCAUAAACACGAUUUUACGUAUACAUAAUAACGAUGAAUAUGUCAACAUUGAAACAUUCAUAAAAGGCAUUCAAGUUGUCAAAAAUAUUGUUAUGAAAUUGAGCAAUGUACCAGGAUAAUAAUAAGUACUUAAUUUGUUAAAAAUUAAAAAAAAAAUAUCGAACACUACAAUUUAACUAAUGUAAAGUAGUAAUUAUAACCCAGUAGCACUAAAAAUUACAACUAAUAUGGGUCUCAGCCACAGAUUGUAUCAUCUUUGAUCAUUUUUAAUUUCAUGGACAAGUAGGUGAUCAGCCUUCUUUACCAUACAUGUUUGGGUUGGCAGACUUGCCGGUUUUCUCAUAUUUACCUUCAGCGACGGAGCAAGCAAUAAUUGCGCUCAUAGAAAAAUCUAUUCGUGCACAGCUGUGAUUCGCACACACGACCUCAGGGUUGGGAGUCGUACGUUUAAGCCACUAGGUCACCACAAUUUUCGACAAUUCAAUAAUAUACAAAAGUAACGGAUAUAUAAACGUUGAUAUUUAUAAUAUAAUUAAUCCUAGUGGAUAGUAUUUACAAUUUUCUAAACCUACAAAGUAAUAAUA